UCCAUACUCUAGUAUCAACGGUUUCAACAGAUAUCUUAAUAUCAUGGACGCCCAACUUCUAGACGCUGCUUCUGGGGCAUACAUGCUCGGAUGUGCGCUGUUUGACGCCGGCAAAUUGCCUCAGGCUGAAUGGGUGUUUUUUGAAGGGCGCCGCUUUGCUGAGCACGAUUAUCGCUUCCCAGCAAAACUGGCCGCUGUUCGGUAUGAGAUAGGCAGUUAUGCGAGCGCCAUAUUCUUCAUUCAACGUGCAUUGUCCCUUCUCGAUCCGCAUUCACAUGAGCCCAUAAGACAAGAGCUCUAUAUUGCUAUGGCUAGAGCAUGUCUCUUGUCUAGCAACGUUGAGAAGGCCCGGACAGCAAUUUCACAUAUCACGUCAGAGCAUAAUCGUCGCCAAUUCGAGAAAAGUCUUCUGCACAUAGAAGCAAUGGCAACUAUGUCUAGUCCUCCUACCACCACUACCAAUGGAUCGGACAGCCAUAGUCAAGGGCUGACCUUCCAGCCCGACAAAAAGACUUUGUGGCGCAAAGUGAUCGAACGUCUACCAAAAUGUAGACCAGGACUAGCCGAUGAAGUCGAAUUCAUUCCCGUCUGCAGCGAACGCGUGCGAAGCCUCUUUAACAGUUCAUCAGUUGACCCGAAUCAAGAGAAUUAUUCGUUUCUUUUCACCAAUACCGGCGAUGCUAGAGACGUCUUUGCCACGUUAUCUGAUAUUGGAUACAUGGUCUCGCAAAACCUCUUUCCUUCAGCCAAAAAAUUCUAUUUCACAUUGGUUGACCUUAAGCCUAUUACAUUUGCUCGAGACCUGUUAAUGUUCCGCAUGUUGGCCGACUGGGUCACAGAGUCAGACACAAAACGACGGGUGACCGAGGCGGCUCUUGCUUACACUUUCGCCUCUCAGAUCAUGCCGUCCUGGGUUUAUGAUAGACUGAAGAGUGCGAUACGCUGCGUCUCCGACGAACUAAACACAGACGUAUCUCUCAUUAUGGGACGCUUUUGCAUCGACACGGCAACUCGGGGUUUAAUCUCUAGCCAUUAUCGAAAUUGGCAGGAUCCUCUCCAACAUCCAUUCACCACAGGACAGAUCCUCAGCAUUACCGGCAACCAGCUCGCAGAGAGGGACAUGACAACCAGUUCUAACACCAACAUACCUCCACGGCCAUGCGAGCCUGAUAGUCCUGACAGUCUCAGUUUUAAGAACCUAAACUUCAUGCUGCCUCCACUUCCAGUAUUAGAAGAAAACGAACGCGGACUGCUAGAAUUAGCUGGGAGAUUCGGGUACAUGCCCAACUGCCCACCUAUCGGCAAAAUAUUAUUAGAGCGCUAUGUGGAAUCAUACUGGUGGCCGAAUGUGACGCUCCUCGACUUUGAUUAG